GAUUGACAGCGAAACCAGGGGCCGUGGCAACAGCGCAACCCAUCAUCGCCUGACGCUGCGAGAAGCGGCGUCGCUCUCAGCCAAUCGGAGAAGCCGAGACCCUAAAGCGUCGGUGGCUUUUCUGCAUGUGGAACAAAGAUGUCGGGAGGGAGUCGGUGCUAAGCGACCGAGUGAAGGAUGAAGGAGGAGGCGGGCGGCGGCGGCGACGGCAGGAGGAGCAGGAGGCCAGAGCCGCUCCCCAACCCGCCUGUCACACCCGAGAAUGCGGGCAAAAGAAACGCCCGGCGCACCCCCCGGGCCGGGAGCAACAGGCUGAGCCGAGGCUGCAGGCCUGCAGCGAGGCCCGGGACGGCUGAAGAAAUACCAUCAUAUAAAACGCCCAAGAGGAUAUUAAGAAAGCAACAGUUCAAUGCUAAUCAUGAAUCUCCUGUCAAUGAUUCAGAGUUGCAGCAGGAUAUUUAUUGGGAUCAACAUUCUCCAACCACAUUUAAAUUGGGUAAUGGAAAGAAGUCAUCUGGAACUUGUCAGCAUGUGGUAGAAAUAUCUGAUAUUGUUAACCGUAUUGCUCCUCAGCGAUCUUCCGAAGUACCUCUGAACAUCUGGCUAGGAGAAGAUGCAAUCCAGUGUAGCCCCACUGUUUCUUUUCGAGAAAGAAUCAAAGGAAAUAGUUCAAGAUUUCAAAGAAGUACAGAGGAAGAAUUAAUGAAGUUAGCAAAAGAAUUUGAUCGGAAUAUGGUUGAACAAGAUGUCAGUUAUUGUCAAGAAGUCAGUGAAGUUAACGAGAUUCUGGAUAAUGAAGAUUCAGAACAAACAAUAUGCGCUAAGCAAGCAAACUGUGACAUUUCAUCAUUGGAAAAGGUACCUGAGACUAGAAUUACUGAGCAAGUUGAACAUGAUGGAGGUGGAACCCUUCCAGUAUUAAGGUUGCACAGUCAGAGCAGUAGUCAGAAGUCAUUGGAUCUAGAAGCUGAAGCUGCUGUCAAUGCCUUGUUUGAUGGGCCCACUCAACAUGCCAGUCAUCCCUUGAGUCAGGGCUUCUCAGGAGAUGACAGUUCAAGUCCAAAAUUAGAUGACUGUCAUACUGUCAAAGCAGCCUCAGCACCUGCAAAAGGCAACGCUGAUCAUGACAUGAGCACUAAUAUAACAAGUGUAGGAGAACGAGUGGUUUCCUUUUCAACUGCUUUUAAACAAAAGAACAUUCCUCAAAUCUCUUCACCAGCUGAACUGGAUCCAGACAACUCUAAGCAUGGCAGAAAGUUGGCUUGUGAAGAUUCCACUACAGAUUUUGAAUUAGACCAACAAGAGGCAACUGACAUUCAAUCCAAAGGUAAAACAGCAGCAGUUUGUUCACUUGAAUCAGUCCCAGGAAAUGAUGGGUUUGAUGACUGGACCAAUGAUGACUGGAUUGAAGAUGACUCUUUUAUAUUGCAGAUUACACAAAUCCCAGAACCGAUUGACACUCCAACUGAAUGCACACACUUUACAAACCAGUCCUUGGAUACUGCUGGCCAAAAAGUUACAAAGGACUUUAAUGAUGCAAACGAAUCUAAGGGUAAUUCUGACAUAGUACCGUCUGUGUCAUUUAUGCAAAGUUCUACCAGCAAACCCAACAACAAAGAGUUAGUAGCCAAGACUUUACAAUUUGGAAAGAAGUCUGAAAGAGCAAAGCCAAGGGUUACUUUUACAUUGCAAAACAAAGCAAGCGAUAAGGUGACUGAGGAGCAAUCUGUCAGAAAAUGCAAGCCAGGUAAAGACUUCAAAAGUGUGAUUAAUACAUUAAUUAAAAAAGAACAAAGAAAUUCUGAUGUUUCAACACUUCAACAUGGUUCCCAUCUGUUUAAUGUACCUCUAAGGGAAUCGACUACUUUGACUUGUGCAAAAUCUUAUAAAUGGGAAAAUCGGUAUGAUGGCAGUGCACAGAGGAAUACAGAGAACUCCCUUGUUUCACCAAAGCUUGCUUCUAGUGAGAAUUCAGUGCUUGCAGAAUUGAACUCGGUUGAUCAGCUGGGAUCUGAAAGACCCUCUGGUGCUGGCACACAGAGGGGACCUGAUGUAGAGGUGCAGGAUACUUGUUCUGAGUUUGUGGUUGACGAUUGGAAUGAUGCAGAAUUCUACAGUGAAAUUCAAAACACGUUUUCUGAAUCUGACAUUUUAUGGGAAACCGGUGAUGAUGAUGAUGAUUUAAACAGGAUGUGUGAUGAUGUAGAAAAGCUGAUUGAAAACCAGAAUUCUCAAGUGACUUUAUCCUCUGGAACGAUAGAAUUGAAAGUAGCAAAUGGCAACCAGAGUUUCACAAGCAACAUGCAUAAAAAUCGGUUUACCAAUCAGCUUAAUGGGCAGCAAAAGCAAUUAAAUCAAAAUCAACCAUUUGUUAUACCAGGAAGGAAAAUCUGCUCAACGGGACAGUUAGUAACAAAACAAAGUGUCUUACCUUCAUUGAGGCCUCAACCUAGGCCAACAGAUUUGAUCUGCACAGUCUGUACUAUAACUACGCCCUCUACACAAAGCCAUCAUUUGAAUUCUGUAAGCAAUUUCCAGAGUAAAGCUUUAUCAGCUAUGUCCAAAAUGUGUGCUGUGAAUGUUAACAGGAUAACUUCUGGGUCUGGUUCAAGAAACUCCAUUGAUGCUUCAAAUAGUCAUCAGACUUCAGUUUCUGCAAACUAUGGCUAUGGACAGAAAAUGCACAUAUCCACCGUGACUACAAGUCAUCCAGUCCCCAAAUCACAUGGUAUUGCUGGCAUUACCAGAACUCCAAGGUUCACCUUCAGUAAAGUUACAAAUUCUUCUGUGAUUGGUGUUCAAGAGAACACCAGUAGUCACGCAACACAGUGUGUGAAGGCUUUUGGCAACAAGGAUCAUGUAAAAAGCCCCAUGGAAAGAUGUGUUCAGUCAAGUGAAAUUACUGCAGCUACAUUGUAUCCAACAUCAUCUCUUAAGAGACAUUUCUCGGACUCUACUUUAGAGCUCAAAGUUGGUGAAAUGGUGGAGAAGCCAGUUGCAAAAUGUUCUCUGCAAGAGAUUGAAAAAAAGAAACAAGCAGCAUUAGCUCGGAGGAAGAUGAAAAUGCAAGCCAGCUGCAUUCAUCCAUCAACUGUGUGAUUUCAUGAAUCCAAAAGAUGACUUUAUUAUAAGAAAAUAAUGAAGAAGUUAGCACUUGGAUAAAGGAGUGUACUUUUUCUUUCCUGUGGUAAAACCAGAUAAUCGGGCUCUGCAUCUUGUUCCUUCUCUAACAUAGCCCGAUAAGUAAAUGGAGGCACAUUGCUGAACAGAAUAACUAAAAGUUAUGGUUAUUAUUCUUUUACUAAAGAGGACUUUGAAGUAUUAUCCCACUGUUGUAUUUCUAAUAUCAUGAUUUAAAGUCUUUGCUUUUCCCCACAGCCUUCUUUUCUGCUAUUGCGUGCCACUCAACUGAUUUGACUCUGUUGCUUGCCCUCUGAGCCCGGUGUUUGAGUUUAUGGGUACAACUUCAGGAACGGGAUUGAGGAGUUACUCAUGAGGAGGAGAAAAAAAAUCAGGAUUAUCCUUCUCCCUUAAAUCAAGGACAUGGAGGUUAAUUAAAGGUUCCCUGCUGCUACCUAUUUGAGAAAAGUUCACUUAGCAAAGACUGGGAAUUGAAACAGGGACUAUUGUGGUCUGCAUGGGUAAGUCUUAACCAGAUGUUUCAUUGAGAAUCCUACUUGAAAGCUUUCCAGAAACAGUUUACUCGUUAUGCAUGAAGUACUAAUGAAAAUUUGAACUGAGUUCCUUCAGACACUAGCAUCCUCUUCAGUCUUCUCAGAUUUAACUGCACACUUAUGAGCUGCACUAUGUCCUUAAAUAGUUUACCUUAGUUUAAUUUAUGUAUUUUGCUUUGCAAAUGAGGUACUUCCAAGAAGUUCCAUUCUUGCUGUGAAAGGUGUUCCACCUUAAAGAGAGUCUGCUAAUAUGUGUAUAUUUUACUUUCUUAUUGCUGUUAAGUUAGUUGUUUUCAGUUGAUGUUUAGAAAUGUUUUGGGUUAAAAGUUCCUUUGGCAAUGCUCUGCUCAUGGUCUUCAGCUAAAAUCUCCAUGUAUGCCAUUUGAAUGCAUUAACUGUUGUCCCAGAAAGGUGCCCAGAAUCAUGGAAAUCAUAUCAUUAUUUUUCAUUUUAUGCCAUGGAGUUUUGUGUUAAUUUGUCACCAUUGUGGUGUGGCUGAAAACAUAAGCAGCUUUCCAUUUUUCUUUAUUUUACAUUUGAGUACAAUGAAAGGUCAGUUCCAAAGCUCAAUCCUGAACAAAUGUUUCAUUUGGGUUCAGGUGUCACGUGAAUAAAGCUGUUUUGACAUUUUUAAUGUGUUCAUAGGUGACUGCAAUAAUGUUCCAUAACUUUUACUGCAUAAAUGUUUUAUCACAAACAUUUUCUGUUAUCUUUUAUGAUCUACCUCAAAACAUGGACAUUUAAUUAAAAUAUUCUUGACUCUG